UGAAAAGCGGCUGCUGUGUACAACAAAGACCAGAGAGAGUCCCUCUCUUUCUCUCCCUUUCUCUCUCUGCUAUCAAUUCCAGCUCAAGAGAUCGCACCCAAAAAAAAAUUCAAAUCCCUAAAUAAAACCCUAAACAGCAAUAAAAUUUCGAUAGAUCCUUACUUUCAAAUCUCUAUUUUCUUUUCUUUUUUUGGAAAUUAAACUUUUUUUUUUGAAAUUUCGGUUAGGUGUUGGGAUUCGUGAUCGAAUUUUGGUUUUUGAUUGAAAUUAGGGCAAAAGCUUUGUUUCCCUUUGGUGGGUUUUAGAGAGUUGUAGAAGAAUGGUUGGGAAAAACUUGUGGGCUUGGAAUAAAAGAAAAUUACGUUUGAGGCCUUGGUGAUUGGGGUGAGAUUUACCUCUUUUUUUUUUUAAUUGUUGAAUGAUUUCGUUAGGGAGUAACGAUGCGAGGAAGGGGGUAGGGUUAGGGUUUGGUGGUAGAAAAAUGGAAGAGGCUGAGCUUGAGGAAGGAGAGGCUUGCUCCUAUAAUAACAAUAACGACGAUUAUGAUGCCACCACUGACCCCGAAGCUGAUCUAUCUUCUCUCGCUUACAUAGAUGAGAAAAUUCAACAUGUUCUUGGACAUCUUCAAAAAGAUUUUGAAGGUGGAGUUUCUGCUGAGAAUCUCGGGGCAAAGUUUGGUGGUUAUGGAUCAUUCUUACCGACUUAUACACGUUCUCCUAGUUGGCCUCAUCCAAGGAGUCCACCAAUUAAGAGCUGCAAUACAUCCAAGUCUCCAAACGAUAUGCCAUUGGAGGAUGACCAUCGUAACUCGGCAUGUUGGCCAAGUGGUUCACAGUCACAGAGGGCUGGACCACCUCCUAUAAAUGUUGGAACCCUCCCUGCUUUGAAGGCAUUGUCUGCGAAUGAUUCAAUCAAACAAGAGGUCAGCGUAACACCUGGUGAUGCUGAUGAGCUUGCCUUUAGGUGCGAAUCUGCAAACAAGAAAGCUGCCAAUGUACCAGACCAGAAAACAUUAAAGGUGCGAAUCAAAGUGGGGUCAGACAACUUGUCAACACAAAAGAAUGCUGCAAUCUACAGUGGUCUUGGCCUUGAUGUAUCACCAUCUUCCUCCUUAGAUGGGAGCCCUUCAGAAAGUGAUGGGAUGUAUCGACAGACUCAAGAACCAUUGUUUGAUUCUCCAACCAGUAUUCUUCGGUUUAUGACUUCCUUCCCACUAGCUGGUGAGGCACUACUGUCACCUCUACCUGAUCAUCUACUUAACUUGAUUGUAAAGGAAAAGCCAAAAGAGAAUACAUCUGAUUCUGGAAAGGGGGAUGAAAAAUUGUUGGGAGACAAGAAAGCAAAGUCAGCAGAGAAAAAGGAUUUUCCAGCAGAAAGGAAGAGUAGCAACAACAGGGAAAUGAGGAACGACAACAGUACGGUGUCAAAGAAGGAAGUAGAUAUCGAUGUAUUGGCUUGUGAGGAGCUUGUUUCAAAAACAUUGAAACUUCCUCUUUUAUCUGAUUCAUAUUCUGCUGUAGCCAAGGUAAAAAAUAAGGGCAUAGCUAGAAACAAAGGUGUCCAUGAUGUAGCUGAGGAGUCAGUGGAGCCAAGACUUACCCAAGAGAUUGGCUGUGAGAGUCCAAGGGCUGGCUCAGCUGGAAAGGUUUUGGAGGAACAAAAGACAAGUUCUUGGGGUGAUUCUUCAGGCUGUGUUAGAAAAGUUGGGUAUAAUAAAGCGGACAAAACUUAUGAUUCUGUUAAAGCUGACUCUAAUACUCUCAAAGGUAGCAAAGUUCUAAAUAGUGAAUCGGUAGAUCCUCCUAUUCAGAAGAUCAGCCCAAGAGUGACAGCGCAUGAGCAAGACAAUAUGAAGGUACCUCCUGCAAAGGAGCAUACCUCAUCUGGUGGAAAACGAAAAUUGAAAGGCAGUCUAGAUGCAGAGGUAGCAAAAGAAAGCUUGAGGGUUGGUUCGCCUUUGAUGCUGAAUAAUAAGCAGACUGCUCAUGUAAACAGUUAUACAAACAAAAGGGAAAUGGGAGGCAAAAAAUUAGACAGGUCAUUUCAAAAGGCUGAAGAUAUGUAUAGAGAUGCUUUUGGAGAUAUUGGAGAACCAGAACAGGAAGAGAACCGAACAAGUUCAUUGGAAAUUCCUUCUGAAGAUCGGCUGAAGAUAGCUGAUAAGAUUGUAAAAAACACAUCAGCCACUAACAACGGACAUGGUGAUAGACUGAGUGGUAAGCAAAUUGAGGGCAUAUUGGCAACUAAAUCGGGCCCCAGAGCAACUGUGGGUGCACAUUUCAACUCUGCUAAUGUGAAUGUUGCUGGAACUUCCCUUGUAACUGCUGCUCCUGUAUUGAUAAAAGAAAAUUGGGUUUGUUGUGAUAAGUGCCAGAAGUGGCGUCUCCUCCCAAUAAACAUGAACCCUGCUGACUUACCUGAGAAGUGGUUAUGCAGCAUGCUUAACUGGCUGCCUGCAAUGAAUCCUGCAAUGAAUCGCUGCAGUGUCGAGGAGGAUGAAACUACCGACGCUGUUGGCGCAUUGUAUCAUGUUCCUGCUGUAGACGGUCAAGCUAAUCCGCAAAGUAAUCCUGUCAAUAUUAUGUCUUUACCACCCUCAUCUGAUGCCCUGCAACCUGACCAAAACCAGCGAAGUUUUGGUUCACACUCUGUUUUCCCUGCUGAAAGGAAGAAACACGGUUUAAAAGAAAUAUCAAAUACAAUAGAUAAAGAUGGGCCAACUUCUAUGAAGAAGAAUGUGGAGUCAUCAGUUCGAUCUGGAAGCCCGACUGAUGUGACUCAAUCUCCUGUGGUUGGUGAACCUGCUUUGAAGCCUGUAAUUAAAUGUGAUUUACCUGUUGAGAAACACAGAAAUAAUCAGAAAGAGAAGCAUAAAUUGCCAGAACACAGUUCUGAUGGAGGUGAUACCAAAACUUCAAAGAUGAAAGGCAAAAGGAUCACUGAUCAAGAUUCUUUAAGGGCCUCCAAGAAAAUUAAGGGUGAAAGUUCACAUCUUGCUGAAAAAGAUUGGAUGUUGGACCAUGCUGGUAAGGGUGGCCCUAGCACAAGUAAUGGUUUGCCUAGCACAUCAGUAGGAAAGGAUCAGCCUAGACACAGUCAACUUUUUACUUAUAAGGAUUCAAAGUCUGAUAAGGAUAGGCAGCAGGUCUCUGGUAAAAGAGUAAAGGAUAAAGUUCUGGUUUCCUUAACUGAUGGACCAAUGGACCAGAUGAACGAUGGUGUGGAAGUUUCUAGAAAGAGGAAAGCUGAUGCUUGUGUUGGCAGUCAGUUAUGUACAGGUUCUCUCCAAAGUGCGAGUGAUCUCCUCCAGGAUAGCAAAGUGUUUGUGAAGGAAGAGUUCAAUGAGAAUGACAACAAUAGGGAAAAGAAGGCUAGGGUAUCCAAGUCUAGAAGGAAGGAUUCUUCUGCAAGUAAAAGCAGUGGGAAACUAGAGAAAAAAGGUAUCCAUGAACAGAAUCAACAAAGUGGACAAUAUCUAGGUAGCUUAGAUGGUACGGAUUCUUUGAAAAGGGAUUUUGGAUCUGCCCAACCUUCUUUAGUAGCUACCUCUAGCUCAUCUAAACUUUCUUGUUCACAUAAAUCAAAACCUGGCUUCCAUGAAACAAAAGGCUCAUCAGUAGAAUCGGUUUCCUCAUCUCCUAUGAGAAUUGCUAAUCCCGAUAAAUUUCCAUUGACAAGGAGGAAUGUUGCAGGGAAAGAUGAGUCUUGUGAAGCUGGCCUUUUUGUUUUAGAUAGUCUAGGAAGAUGUUCAGAUGGUGAAGAUAAUGGUGGGAGUGACAAGUCAGGGACAGUAAGGAAGGAAAAAACUUUAGCUGCAGCUCAACAUGGGUCCCUUGUGUCCUCUUUACUUGAUGUUCAGGACAAGGAUGGUGGUCAAUUAGGUGGCAGUAAAGCCAAGGCACCAAUUAAAUCUUCUCCUGAUACUCGAAAAGGCCAGUUCAUGAAUGGUGGUGCUGAUUAUUUAGGCCAAGAGGCUCAAUUUUCUGGUAAAUCAAUGACAAUGAAUGAAACCCAUGAUGAGGACAAUCAGAAUCACAACCAUGGCAAUGGCAAAGUCUCUCAUCCAAGAAAGUCAGGCAAAGGGUCCUCAUGGUCAAAGGACAGGAGUUGUAAUUUUAAAUCUGGUUUUGUUGAUGUACAGCAAGAUCAUCUGCCUUCAUAUGAGGUAAAGCCUACAGACGGUAGAAAUCAAUUUCAGGAGAGGCCUGGAGUCAAGUCUGAUGAGAGUGAGAAUAGAUUUGUGGAAAAUAAAGAAUCUUUGGGAAAAUUGUCUGUUGAGAUUGGUAAAAGGGGGAAUCAGUCAAAUGGAUGGUCAGAUGCUAAACCAGAUGCCACUGGACGUCAAGAUGUAAUGUCUACCGUGAAGCAAAAUCUUGUGCAGGAGAGCAAUGGUGAAAAAUAUACAAAGAGGUUUCACUCUGACAACUCUGAUCAUGCAGAAAUUGCUUCUGAAAGAGGGAACUCUCGAUCACUACCACCCUCUGGAGGAAGUCAGAAUGAGAUGCUGACUCGUUACCCCAACACGGUUUCUGGGUCCCAAAAGGGAAAUGGAGCUGUCAGAUCUCAAGCUGAUGAUGCAUUGAAGGUAAAAAAACAAAUAAAGAAGGCUGAUUAUCAAAAUGGGACUCAGAAUAAAAAUAGUUCAAGACAUACCACAUCAGCUGGACGUAUCAGGGAUGUUGAUGCUCCAAGUCCAAUGAGAAAGGAUCCCUCAUGUCAGGCCGCUACCAAUACUUUGAAGGAGGCUAAAGAUUUAAAGCAUAUGGCUGAUCGUGUCAAGAAUUCUGGAUCAAAUUCGGAGAGCACAUUACUUUACUUCCAGGCAGCACUGAAAUUUCUUUAUAGUGCUUCUCUACUAGAAUCUUGCAACAAUGAGAGUACCAAACAUGGGGAGAUGGCUCAGUCUGUGCAAAUUUAUAGUAGCACUGCAAAACUCUGCGAGUUUUGUGCCCAUGAAUAUGAGAGAUUAAAAGACAUGGCUGCUGCUUCUUUGGCAUACAAGUGUAUGGAGGUUGCAUAUAUGAGAGUUAUCUAUUCCUGUCAUGCCAAUGCAAGUAGAGAUCGGCUUGAGUUGCAGACAGCUUUACAAACGGCUCAUCCUGGUGAGUCUCCUGCGUCUGAUGUUGAUAAUUUAAACCAAACAACAUCAGCAGACAAGGCUGCUGUUUCAAAAGGAGUUGGUUCUUCCCAGGCUGCUGGAACUCAUGUUAUUUCUGCUCGAAACCGUAAUAACUUUGUGCGCCUGCUCAGUUUUACACAGGACGUAAAUUAUGCAAUGGAAGCUUCAAGGAAAUCACGAGCUACUCUUGCAGCUGCCAAUUCAAGUUCGGGAGGGGCUAAAAGUAGGGAGGCUUUAUCCUCUGUGAAGAAGGCUCUUGAUUUUAGCUUCCAAGACGUAGAGGGAGUGCUACAUUUGGUACGAGUGGCAAUGGAAGCCAUUAGCCAUUAAGGGAAAAAAUCUGGUUGGAAAGGAUGGUUGUAUACUAGGAGGAAAUUUCAUCUUGAUGGUUUAUCCUUGGGUAUGAAGUUCUAGAUCAGAAAAAGAAGGGUUGGCCCGCCCUUUCUGCUUCAAUCCUGAGCACUUCCAAGUUGGCAAGUGCCUCUUUUCUAACACUUGCUGUACAUUUGUACAAUACAAGACAAAACUGAGAUUAUCAGUAUAUUUUUUCACAAGCUUCAACUGCUUUCUGACAAGGAACAAGCUCUUUUAAUUUCCUUUCCAAGACGGUACUAAGAAGCAGAGCACCGUAAUUGGCAGUCACAGGUCAGCUGUUGUAGUGCUUGUCAUUGUAUAUAGUUCUGACUAAUCAAGAAGAGUCGAAAGAAUAUAGGAAGAAAAAGGAAAUUGGUGGUGCUAGUGGUCCAAAGAAGGUUGCUGGAAUUCUUUAUUUCAUUUCAUUUCUUCCCUUUAAAGGGUUAUCCAUGUGGAAUGUGGCUGGUAGCAAGUGAUUUUGUUUGUGGGAGAGAGAUCAUUCUGUUAUAUUCAAGUUGGCCUUCUUGAUGUUGAUAGGUUGAAUAAUAUGUGCAGUUGCAUAAGCAGCGAAGCUGGUUAUGUAUCAAACUAGUGUAGCGAAAUUGCUACUUGUCUUUUAACCUUUUAUUUCAUUAUUGUUGCUAUUUCACUGUAAAAUAUCUUGGCACUUAAUUUUGAGCUGAUAUAUAUAUAUAUAUAAUGUGACAAAAUUUUUGAACUUGCUGCAUUUCUUGUCUGUAUGUACAUAGCAAUGACAUUUAUUUCAACUUUUGAUCAAUAAAAUUGAAGGGUGAAAUCAAUAUAUCCAUGAAA